AUGCAAUUUUCGUGGACGUACUUCCUCCAGCUCGUUUCCGCCUCGCUGCUAGUGGGCCGCACCGUAGCAGCACCCACCGCCGAGCCAGAGCUCAGCCGCGAGAUCGACGCACGCCAUGGCGACGAAUACCUGUGGUACAUCGACGACGCCGAGAGCCGGCACCUGAGCGACCUACUCGGCACCGACUUCGGCCGGCUCCGCAUCAAGGGCGUGCUCCUCAGCAAGCCCAAGAUGCAAUGCGAGAACUGCGGGAAGCAUACCGGUCUCGACGAUAUCGUGCACAAUGCACUGCAGGAUGGCGUGCACAGCAAGGAAUUCAUGAUCAAGGUGCUUGAGGACCGCACCCCCCACCCGAGCUCUGGGCAUGUCAUCCGCUGCUCUGGCGCUGGAUGUGGCAGGGCGUACGACGAGCCGCCGCCCCGUUGGACCUGGGAUUGGAUUCGCGGCAAGGACACUGACGGCCGGGAGGUGCAUUCGGAGGGUGCUGAUGAGGAACCUGAGGCUUGA